UCAUUUAUCAUUUUGUAUUUUCUCUGCUUGAUUCUUUGAAAAAUUUGAGUGCUUAAACAGACACUCAAUCUCUUGCUUCAUUCCAAAAGAGUUGAAAUCUUUUUAAAAAUAAAAAAGAGACCUUUCUUAGCUUGUAGAUAUCCGAUACCUUUCUUGCAAUUCUGGUGGAAAGCUGAUUGUUUAAGGCAUCACUUUUUCUGUUACAAAAGUAUGGGAGAUCACUUUGUAUUUUUGGUUGAUCGGUUGCUAACUGAAUCAACUUUGGAGGCUGCAAUUGAAAGCAGAAAUCAGAAACAGCUGGCAUCAUCGACGAGGAAUAACUCGGUAGUCGAUUGCUCUUCACAGGAUUCUGAUCCUAUGUUGAGUCCUAGGAAGAUGGUUGAAUGCAGGAUAUGUCAAGAUGAAGAUAUGGAUUCAAAUAUGGAAACUCCUUGCUCUUGUUGUGGUAGCUUGAAGUAUGCACAUCGGAGAUGCGUGCAAAGAUGGUGUAAUGAGAAGGGUGAUACCAUUUGUGAGAUAUGCCACCAGCCUUUUAGGCCUGGUUAUACGGCGCCUCCACCUAUUUUUCGACUUGGAGGCAUCCCAAUGAAUUUCAGGGGGAAUUGGGGAAUUGUCAGAAGAGACUUGAAUAAUCCUCGUCUGAUAGCAGUCGUUUCAACUGAUCGUGAUUUCAUCAACUCUGACGACUAUGAUGAUGACUAUGCAGUCUCUACAUCAAGAAGCAUGAUGUGUUGUCGUUCAGUCGCAAUGAUUUUUAUGUUGCUACUUGUUUUACGGCACACUCUUCCCAUCAUAGUCAAUCAAGCAGAGGACUAUUCGUUCCCUUUGGUCAUGCUACUACUGCUGAGGAUUACCGGCAUUGUUUUGCCUAUCUACAUCAUAAUGAAAGCAGUUACCUCUUGCCACAGACGCCAACGCCGGCAGGCUAUUUUACCUAUCUCCUCGUCUGAUGAAGAAUCCGGGCCCGUGAUACUGUCACAUCAACCUCCUAUCAUCGACACCCCGUGAAAGUGCUAGAUAUACGUCGUUCCACGUUUACUCUACUGUUAUUACAGCGUCCUGCUGCAUAAAACUUGCUGCAGAUAGGACGGAUGACUGGGAAAAGAAUACACAUGCGCGUGUUGCAGCUAGUGUUUCUUAUUGUGAAGGAUUAUCAGCAGUCAAAGAAGUUGUAGAUUGAAGAAAUAUCAAAAAAAGAAAAAAAAACAAAUUUGAAAAGGCUAAGAAAGAAAAAAGAUUUAAAGUUUCCCAUUAGAAAGGUUUCAAGGUUGUGAAUUAUUAGUUAGAAAUCUGUGUACAGUCAGUUAAGUCUCAACCAUGUAUAUGAACACACAAAAAGGUAGCAAGUUAGUCUACCUUAUGAUAUAUGAUAUGAUGUUUUU